CUGUUCCAGGCAGGCUUUCCCGGCCGUUCCGGUGGGAUGGAGCUGCCAGCCUCACGCCGUAAUCCCCGCCGGGCCGCCCCUCAGGGGCGCGUCCUGGCGCAGCCGCCGGCGCUGGAGCGGCGGGGCGGGCUCGGGGCUGCCGCUGUGCCCUCGUACCGCUGCCGGAGCUCCAUCCCCGCUGCCGGAGCUCCAUCCCCGCUGCCCGAGCUCCCUCCCUCCCGCCGUCUGUCUGUCUGUCUGCCCUGCCGGAGCCUGUCCCCAGCGCCCCGGGCGAGGCGAGGCUGGAGGAGACGCGGACGGAGGCGCUGUGAGAAGGGCCGGGAUGAAAUUCAUCGCUGCUUGUUACGUGCUGCCUCUGUUCCCUGCUCUGGUCCUUGGCACUAGACAGGGCUAUGAAGACCUGGAAAGACAGCUGAAAGAAGUCUUUAAGGAGAGGAGCAACAUACUUCAUCAACUGUUAAAGACUUCUAAAGAACUUCAGGGAAUUAAAGUAAACCUCCAGUCUUUAAAAAAUGAUGAAGCAUCAACCAAAAGUGAUGUACAGAAACUUCUGGAACUGGGCCAAAACCAAAGGGAAAUGAAAUCUCUCCAGGAGGCUUUUCAAAAGCAGCUUAAUGAGGCAGCUGAGAAAGCAGAGAAGCAGCAGGCUACCAUUAACUUUUUGAAGACUGAAAUGGAAAGGAAGAGCAAAAUGAUACGAGACCUCCAAAACGAGAACAAAAGCCUCAAAAACAAGCUCUUGUCAGGAAACAAGCUUUGUGGUAUGCACGCAGAAGAGUCAAAAAAGAUUCAAGCCCAGCUGAAAGAGCUUCGUUAUGGGAAAAAGGAUUUGAUUUUUAAGGCACAACAGCUAACAGAUCUGGAGCAGAAGCUAUCAGUUGCAAAAGACAAAUUGGAAAACGCAGCCCUUGACAAAGAGUCCCAGCUGAAAGCCCUGAAGGAGACUGUGCAGCUCUGCCUGUCCUCUGUCGUGCACCAGCAGCCUCCCUCCGUGAGCCUGAUCCCCCCCAAGCCAGCUGGGAGGCUGACGGCUUCCUCCAGCACUAAGGGCUCCAAAGCCCCCUCUCGGGUCACAGCCACCAAGGUCUGGCAAAAUGUCUCAGCAGAGAAAGAGAAUUUUCAUGUGGCCUCAAAAAAGGAAGAAAAUCAAAGCACCCAGGAGUGCGAUUCUCAAGAUGUUGCCAAGACUUGUUUGGGGAAUCGUGAUGAUUCAACAUCUCGUUUGAAGGCAGCAGAAACAGGGACAAGCUUCCAGAAGUUUCACAGCCCUCCAUGGCCUACACCUGAAGAUAAAAAAUCACCUGAAAAAAAGGAGAAAAAAUACGAAAAAUCAGUUAGUAAACCAGAAAAAAACCUCUAACUGCUACUAAUCUACAUUGAAAACUGCCAGUCACUUCCAUCCUCAUGUUCUGUUAGCACAAAGGCAUGAAAUGUCCCAGGUUUCUAAAGCAUGGAUCUUUCACUAUUUUAUGAAUGUUUGUAAAUUAGUCUAGAACAGACCAAUUAGUACCUUACAGCAAUAAUCCAAAAUGGAUGUUGGAAGAAAUGCUUUGUAAUGCAGUCCAGUUUUUGAAUUCUUGUUCUACCUUAUCAAUAAUUGUAUACUAUAAAUUACCUUCUUUGUAAACAACAGUCAUUCUCAAGUGUAUUUCUCAGAUGGUUUUAUUUCGUGUAAUUUUGUGGCAGAUUAGGUUCUAAUAUUAAGGGGCAGUCAGUGUGUGUGGGGGUAAGAUAGCUGUGUAACCAUAACUGAAGUACAAUCCUUAAGUGCAACUGUAAAAAGAGAACUGUGUGCGUGGGGCUCCAUAUAUACUUACCUUUUAGUAUUUCCAUCUCAAAUCUACUUACUUACACAAUAAAAUAUGUUUAUUUUGUUCUUUUUUUCCUCACUGCUAUCUUGACUAGUCCAUUUCUGAGCACUGAAAAGCUGACAGAAUUGAGUUUAAGGGAUGGAGAUAGAGAGCAUCAUUGCUUUGGGGAUUCAAGGCAAAAAAUGUGCAGGUAGUAGUGAGUUACAGUUUCCUAGCUUGGAUGGCAGCCGUGGGAAGUCAGUUUCAUCCCCUAGAUUUGUGCUGUUCUCAACAGGAUAAAAUGUACUUUAAAGGGUAAAGCCCUGUUUUUUCCACUACAGUUUGGUCACUCCAUCAGGGAGGAUUGAUGGGAGUGAGCUCUGUCACUCAUGGAUUCUGUCAGCUUCUCCUUAGUCACACACUCCAUGGCAAGAAAGCAGAGAGAAAGGGAGGAGAGGAGACAAUGUUUUGCUUGUUUGUGUGUAUGUCGUUAUAGGUCAAAUUUAAGAAUUCAUCUUUUUGAGAUGCAGAUCUUUCAAGAACAGUUGGACUAGUAAACUGCCUGAUGCAAUGCCAUGCUAUCCCUAGCAAGAAGUGUUUUAAGCAUUUGUAACUUAUAAACUUCCACCUUUGUCUUAAUGCACAGCUCAGCACAUUGUUUUACUAGAUUUAAAGUAGUUAUAAUAAUUUACUUUUUCUUGCUUUGUAUCAGUUUAAAAGCAAAUAGACAAAUCUUUUAUUUGA